CGUGACCCCAAGGGCCGCCCUGGAAAUUUUUCUGGGACGCUUCUCUUAUCGUCCGCUAUCAGGAUCACAAGAGGGAAAAAAAAAGGAAAUUUUUCCCACAACAGCCAAAAUGUCGAACGACAAGAUCCAGACCGCUCAAGAGCAAGCGAAGAAGCGAAAGAGAAAGCACAAGAGCACGACUCAGGAUGUGAAACGCGCUGCUGAAUCGCAAAACGUCGAGGCGGAAGAACAGCCUGAGCAGGCCGAGGAGAAAACAAGCAAGAAGCAGAAGAUCGAUCGCGCGUCUCCCUCCGAUGACGAAGAGGCCAAUUCUGAGAAGCCUCAGGAGACUGGAUCCGUGCAGGAACAGGAGGACAAUGGAGAGACCGAAGGGAAAGAAAUGGCUGCUCUGCCAUCUGCGAACGGAGUGUCGCUGCCCACGGAAGAUUCCGUGCCCCAGAACUUUAGCGAUUUGCAAUUGUCAGAGCCGACCAUGAAGGCGAUUGAGGAUAUGGGUUUUACGAAGAUGACGGAGAUCCAGCAGCGGGCAAUUCCGCCAUCGUUGGCUGGUCGCGAUAUUCUGGGAGCUGCGAAGACUGGAUCGGGAAAGACACUGGCUUUCUUGAUUCCCGCUGUGGAGCUCUUGCGAGCGUUGAAGUUCAAGCCUAGGAAUGGUACUGGAGCUCUCAUCAUCACCCCCACUCGAGAACUUGCCCUGCAGAUCUUCGGAGUCGCUCGUGAGCUCAUGGCCCAUCAUCACUCUCAGACUUACGGAGUCGUCAUUGGAGGUGCAAACAGAAGAGCGGAAGCGGAGAAGCUCGCCAAGGGUGUGAAUCUUUUGAUCGCCACUCCCGGACGUCUGCUGGACCACCUUCGAUCGACUGAAGGCUUCGUUUUCAAGAACUUGAAGUCUCUGGUCAUCGAUGAAGCUGACCGGAUUCUGGAGGUCGGUUUCGAGGAUGAACUUCGACAGAUCAUCUCUAUCCUCCCCAAGGACAACAGACAAACGAUGCUGUUCUCCGCAACACAGACAACCAAGGUCGAGGACUUGGCGCGGAUAUCGCUCAAACCCGGGCCGCUGUACAUCAAUGUCGACCACAGAAAGGAGCACAGCACGGUGGACGGGGUCGAACAAGGCUAUAUCAUCUGUGAAGCCGACAAGCGCUUCCUGCUCCUAUUCGCCCUGCUGAAGAAGAACCAAAAGAAGAAGAUCAUCGUCUUCUUUUCCAGCUGUAACUCCGUCAAGUACUACUCAGAGCUAUUAAACUACAUCGAUCUUCCCGUCCUAGCACUCCAUGGAAAGCAAAAGCAGCAGAAGCGUACAAACACAUUCUUUGAGUUCUGUAACGCCGAGAAGGGAACUCUGAUCUGCACAGAUGUCGCUGCCAGAGGUUUGGAUAUCCCAGCAGUCGACUAUAUCGUGCAGCUGGACCCUCCCGACGAUCCCAGAGACUACAUUCACCGUGUCGGACGUACCGCUCGUGGUACUACUGGCAAGGUCGGCCGCAGUCUGAUGUUCCUGCAGCCGUCCGAAGUUGGGUUCCUCACCCAUCUGAAGGAAGCUCGUGUCCCCGUCGUGGAGUUCGAGUUCCCCGCCAAACACAUUGUCAACAUCCAGUCCCAGCUAGAGAAGCUGAUCGGACAGAACUACUAUCUGAACCAGUCCGCGAAGGAAGGAUACCGAUCAUACCUUCACGCCUACGCUUCUCACUCGCUCCGAUCCGUCUUCGACAUCAACAAGCUUGAUCUGAAGAAGGUCGCCAAGAGCUUCGGUUUCACGACGCCCCCGCGUGUCGAUAUCACGCUAGGAGCCAGCAUGAGCCGAGACAAGAAGGUGCAGGGACGAAGAGCCUAUGGUAGUCAGCCCAAGGGCGCGCGAUUCAAGCGGAGACGAGAUGACGAUUAA